AUGGGAGUGCCGGACACUCAAUGGGACUACGUCCUCGUCGGCGGCGGGCUCUCCGCCACCGUCUUGGCAAGCAGCCUCGUGCGGCUCGACGCGUCCCUCAAGAUCCUCAUCAUCGAGGCCGGUCCAAGCGCAAACGACGCAAGCGACAUUGUCUACGCGAGUUCCACGAACCUUGUCGGCGGCUCGUAUGAUUGGAAAGACAAGACGGUGCCCCAGGCGCGACUGAGCGGCCGCAGCGUCGACAUGCCCGCCGGCCGAGCGCUUGGGGGCGGCACCGUCAUCAACAUGUGCGGUUGGAUACGAGGCGACAGGACCGACUACGAUCUCUGGGGGGGAGCCGUCCGCGACCCACGAUGGAGCUACGCUGGUAUGCUCCCAUACAUGAAGCAGACUGAGACGCUGCACAGCGACGCUAUCAAUACGGAGCAGCGAGGGACCGCCGGGCCUGUGCACAUCCAGACAGUUUCGGGCACCAAUCGAACGUUUCCGCUGCGGGCGAGCGUCCUCAAGUCGUGGGAGGAGGUUGGGGUGCCAGCGCUGCCUAAUCUCGAUGGGAACACGGGCUCCUCUCUCGGCGUCGCAGAACUGCAGGAGAACAGACAAGACGGCCGGCGCGAAAUAGCCUCGGUUGUUUAUCCGCUCGACGGAGUGACGGUAUUGACGGAUACACUGGUCGCUAAAAUACUCAUCAACAAGGAGGGUGGUGGUCUCCACGCGACAGGCGUCCAGCUCGCAGACAGAACGCAGAUUCAAGCAAGGGAAGUGAUUAUCACAGCUGGAGCAACGCGCACGCCACAGAUCCUCAUGCUUUCCGGCAUUGGACCCGCGUCCGAGCUACGCAAACACGGCAUUGACGUCGCGCUGGACUCGCCAGACGUGGGCAAGAACCUGUGCGACCACACCCUGCUCGCCACGGCCUGGAAGCUCAAGGACCCAUCCGCCGGGCACGCCCUCGGCUCAUCCAACCCGCUGUUCCAGCAGGAGCAGUUCCGCUGGGGCCAGCCCAUCGACUUCGUCGUCACCACCGGGGUUCGGGACAAGGCCGGGCUGGCCAAAGCCAUCGAGGCGGACGAGGGGAUGGCGCCAGACCCGGCGACGCAUCCGCUGCUCAAGCAAGAGCGCGCGUUCAACGAACAUCUCAUGAUUUACGCAGGCGCGCCGGACGGGUCGGCGAUUGGGCUGCUUCACGUGAACUUGCUACCGACGGCGCGCGGGACGGUGACGCUCGCGUCUGCUGACAUCAACGAGGCGCCGCGCAUCGAUCCGAAUUUCUUGGGGACCGCGGUGGAUAGGUUCGUUGCUCGGGAUGGCGUGCGUCAGCAGAUCCGUCUGGCUGGGAGCUCUGAUACGGUGCUCGGUCGGGAGAUUCUCAGCGGGGAGAUGGGCGCUCCGGGCUUUGAUGAUGGGGUGCUCACCCCGGAGUCGACCGAUGGGUUUAUCGACGGGAGGAUCGCCGCGGGAACUGGGUCGUGCUACCAUGCGAUGGGCACUGCGGCAAUGGGCAAGGUCGUGGACUCGAAUCUCCGAGUCGAGGGCGUGGACAGGCUACGAGUCGUGGACGCGUCCGUCUUUCCAGUGCCGAUCACGGGUCAUCUUCAGGUGGCCGUGUACGCUUUGGCGCUUCAAGCUGCGGACAUUAUUCACCAGGACAGACAGAACAAGACAUAG